AUGGCUCCUGGAAAGGUCAUUCCCAAGAAAGAUCCCAGAGCGUGGGAAGCGCUUACACCACCACUUGCAGAAUGGAUCCUGGAUGCUGUGUCAACCAUGGGGUUUUCCCACAUGACACCCGUCCAAGCUGCGACCAUGCCGCACUUUUUGGGCAACAAGGAUGUUGUGGUUGAGGCCGUCACAGGCAGUGGUAAAACACUAUCCUUUUUAAUACCCGUUGUGCAAAAGAUUUUGCGCCUUGAUGAGCCGACCAAAAAACACCAUGUCGCCGCCAUCAUUGUCUCGCCUACAAGAGAACUCGCUGCUCAGAUCCAUUCCGCCCUCCUGUCAUUAUUAGCAUUCCAUCCGCCGUCUGCGGAAAUUUUACCCAAUCUCAACGACGAGGAGAAGCGACCCUCGACCACGGCUCCCGUUAUUGUACCCCAAUUGCUCGUUGGAGGCACGACCACUACGGCCCAGGACUUGAGUUACUUUAUGCGCCAUAGCCCGAACGUUUUAAUAUCUUCCCCUGGACGACUGGUUGAACUGUUGUCGUCGCCGCAUGUCCAUUGCCCCCAAUCCUCGUUCGAAAUGCUUGUCCUCGACGAGGCGGAUCGACUGCUUGAUUUGGGAUUUAAACAGGACCUUCAGAAUAUCAUUUCACAUUUGCCGAAGCAGAGACGUACUGGUCUGUUUAGUGCCAGUGUCAGCGAAGCCGUGAGCGAGAUUAUUCGAGUCGGUCUGCGAAAUCCCGUCAGGAUUGAAGUCCGAGUCAAGAUGAAGGACGGUGGAGUAUUGGAAGAUAGAAAGACACCGGCUAGUCUGCAAAUGGCCUAUCUCAUCAAGCCGGCGACGCAAAAGUUACCGGCACUGGCGCAACUUCUUGAAAAAUUGCCCAUCACCCCGCAAAAGACGAUUGUCUUUCUGUCUACGUGUGCAGCCGUCGACUACUUUCAACACGUCCUGCCGGGCCUGCUUCCGGCCCAGUUCUCAUUAAUACCGCUACAUGGAAAACACCCGGCCAAGGUGCGAGAGAAGAAUUUCAACAGGUUUUUAAACUCUGUUUCUCCCACUCUUCUCUUAACGACCGAUUUGGCGGCUCGUGGCCUUGAUAUUCCUCAGGUUGAUCUAGUUGUGCAAAUUGAUGCACCCUCUGAUCCCAAAGUGUUUAUUCACCGAAGCGGAAGGGCUGGACGUGCAGGAAGAAAAGGAUUGGCAGUCGUCAUGCUCCACCCCGGACGGGAAGAAGACUACGUACGGUUCCUGGAAAUUCGCAAGACGCCAAUUACUCCAUUGGAAAAGCCGGAAAUCUCUAUAUCAGAAAAGGAUGCUGCCGCUGCUGUAGAUCAAAUACGCAAGUUCGCCAAAACAGACAGGGCCAUCUACGAUAAAGCACAAAAGGCAUUCGUGAGCUGGGUGCGAAGCUACGGCGCACACCAAGCAACUUCAAUAUUCCGAGUCUCUGAUCUUGACUGGAUAGACUUGGCAAACGCAUGGGGACUGCUCCGAAUGCCGAGGAUGCCAGAGCUCAAGAAUUGGAAGGGCGACAAGACGCUGGGUGUGGAAAUGGACUGGGACACAUUCGCCUACAAGGAAAAGACGCGCGAAAAGGCAAGGAUAGAAGAAAUGGAAGCCGCAAAGAACGGUGAGGGAAUCGAGAAGGACGACAAGAAACGCAAGAGGAAGAAUGAGGCGUGGAGCGGCAAGCACCAACAGCAGGAGCAGCGGAACGAGAGACGUGAGAAGAGACACAAGAAGAAAGAGGCCGAGAAGAAUGCCAACAUGACGGAUGAUCAGAAGCUGGAAAAGAUGAAACUAGACGAUCUCAUUAAGCAGGUCCGAGAGCGGAAUCGCGCAAAGGCUGCGUCCAAGGACGACGAGUUUGAAGGCUUUGACGAUUAA